AUGGAUCCCUCCAGUUUGUUUGAAUCUCAAGCAUCUGUUAAUUCUAAUGAGCUCGACCAAACAGAGACCAUUAUUUGCAUGGAUCGUGAUUCCUACAAUGCUGCAGCAAAAGGAAAAGUAGAGGUCUUCAAAGAUAUCACCUAUAAGUCUCUUGAUCUCCUACUAACCCCAAAUAAAAACACAAUCCUCCAUAUUUACAUCACAACCCUCAGUAAACAAUUGGAUUCAGCAACCAAGUUUGUUGAAGAAAUUCUUAAAAUGUGUCCCUUAUUGUUUCGACAAGCCAACGCCAAAGGUGAAACUCCACUGCACAUUGCGGCAAGGUACGGGCAUGCUGCCAUAGUGGAAGUUCUAAUCAAAUAUUGUUCCCAAACUCUCCAUCAAAACCUUGAAGAUGGGAUUGAACCAGUAAAGGAAAUGCUCCGGAUGACGAACAAAGAAAGAGACACGGCUUUGCACGAAGCUGUACGUUAUAAUCAUCUUAAGGUGGUAGAAUUGUUGAUCAAAGAAGACCCAAAUUUUUCAUAUUUUGCUAAUGAUGCUGGUGAGACUCCACUUUACAUUGCUGCCGAGAGAGGGUUUAAAGAUGUGCUGUUUGAAAUUUUAGACAAAUGCAACUCACCAAUGCAUGUGGGGCCCCUUGGCAGGACCGCUUUGCAUUCUGCCAUAAUGUUGGACAGUGCAGUUAUGACCAGGAGAAUUCUAGAAAAAAUUGAAGGUAUAAGUAGAAAAGUCGACAAUAACGGUUGGACUCCACUUCACUUGGUUGCAUACCUGGGCCAUUCAGACUUAGCAACAAUGUUGUUGUAUAAAGACAGAGAAGUAGCAUACAUGAAAGAUACAAAGGGUAGGACACCUCUUCAUAUUGCUGCCCAACGUGGUAAUGUUUUUGCAAUGUCUCGCAUUGUAUCAAGUUGUCCAGAUUGUUGCGAAUUGGUUGAUGAUAGAGGUUGGAAUGUACUCCAUUUUGCCAUGAAAGGAGGCAGCGACCAUUUAGAGCAUAUCAUCAAAAUUAUCAUGGAAAAUGCAUCUCUCAGCAACCUCUUGAAUGAGAAGAAUGCCGAUGGAGAUGCACCUCUUCAUUACUGUUCUGUUUAUUCUUUGAAAUCAAUAAAGAAAUUUGUUCGUCACCCUCGAGUCGACACGAUGGCCUUCAACAAACGGAACCUCACCACGGCUCAAAUGGUUUUAUCUGAUAGAGUAAUGUCAUUCAAAAAGUGGAAUGAAUUUGUGGAUCAACUGGGUUGUUUAGCACCUCGACGAGUAAUAAUUUACAAAGAUGAUAACAACAAACCAGAGGACAAGGACGGCGAAGAGAGGAGAUCAACAUUGCGAAAAGCAUCUGAAGCCCAUUUAGUAGUGGCUGCACUCAUUACAACUGUAACCUUUGCAGCAUGUAUUACUAUGCCCGGAGGAUUUGUGGGUAAAGAAGGCUCACACGCAGGUUCUGCACUUUUAAGGAGAAGUUUUGCUUUCAAAGCAUUCGUUCUUAUGGAUACCAUAUCUAUGGUUUUGUCGAGUUCUGUUGUCUUUAUCCACCUAUUGAUGCCAUUUCUUUUGGACAAGAAUUCUGACGAAGAGCAUCGCGAUAAUCUUCUCUUUCUGGCUUUUUGGUUCAUUUUGGGGGCCAUGGUAACAAUGGCGCUGGCAUUUCUCAUGGGCACAUAUGCUGUGUUAGUACCUUCCUCGGAUCUAGCCAAUUCCACCUGUAUUAUUGGCUUAACCUUCAUUGCUUUCUUCUCCCAUGUGCUUCUAAAAUUUAAUAAAUUUAUGUAACAA